AUGCCUGGUGGGUACAAAGGGGAGUGUGGGGACGAUGUGGAUCCUAUGCCUUUCCUGGCACCUCCCGAGAAGGAGAGGAUUGAAGCCAUGAACAAGCCCUAUGACAUUAAGAGGUCCUGCUGGGUCAAAGAUGAGAAGGAAGGCUUCGUCGCUGGGGAGAUCCAGUCUGAACAGGGUGACCAAGUCACCGUGAAGACAAUCACCAACCAGACACUCACUAUGAAGAAGGAUGAUAUCCAGCAGAUGAACCCACCCAAAUUCUACCAGGCCAGCGACAUGGCAGACAUGACCUUCCUGAAUGAGGCCAGUGUCCUAGACAAUCUGCGCCAACGCUACACCAACAUGAGGAUCUACAUGUCUUUACUAAAAAGGAAAGAGGCUUAUCUGGUAGGAAUAGAUCGUGAAAAUCAGUCUAUGCUAAUCACCGGAGAAUCUGGUGCUGGUAAGACUGAGAACACGAAGAAGGUCAUCCAGUACUUUGCCAACAUCGGAGGAACUGGCAAACAGACCACAGAUAAGAAGGGGUCUCUGGAGGAUCAGAUCAUCCAGGCAAACCCCGUGCUGGAGGCCUUCGGGAACGCCAAGACCACCAGGAACAACAACUCCUCUCGCUUCGGCAAGUUCAUCCGAAUCCACUUCGGAACCACAGGGAAACUGGCUGGAGCCGACAUCGAGAGCUAUCUCUUAGAGAAAUCUCGUGUCAUCUCACAGCAAGCAGCCGAGAGAAGCUACCACAUCUUCUACCAGAUUCUCUCAAACAAGAAGCCUGAACUUGAAGCCUUUGAUGUGCUGGGCUUCAGCGCCGAGGAGAAGAUGGCCGUGUAUAAGCUGACAGGAGGUAUCAUGCACUUUGGGAACAUGAAGUUCAAGCAGAAGCCCAGAGAGGAGCAAGCUGAAGUGGACACCACUGAGGUGGCUGACAAAGUCGCCCAUCUCAUGGGUCUCAACUCUGGUGAACUGCAGAAGGGCAUCACCAGGCCCCGGGUCAAAGUCGGCAAUGAGUUUGUGCAAAAAGGUCAGAACAUGGAACAGUGCCAAAACUCCAUUGGGGCUCUGGGCAAGGCUGUCUAUGACAAGAUGUUCAAGUGGCUGGUGGCCAGGAUUAACAAGACCUUGGACACCAAGAUGCAGAGGCAGUUCUUCAUUGGAGUGCUGGACAUCGCUGGCUUUGAGAUCUUUGAGUUCAACAGCUUUGAGCAGCUGUGCAUCAACUUCACCAACGAGAAGCUGCAGCAGUUCUUCAACCACCACAUGUUCGUGCUGGAGCAGGAGGAGUACAAGAGGGAAGGCAUCGAGUGGGUCUUCAUCGACUUUGGCCUCGACCUGCAGGCCUGCAUCGACCUCCUGGAAAAGCCCAUGGGCAUCUUCUCCAUCUUGGAGGAACAGUGUGUCUUCCCCAAAGCCACCGAUGCCACGUUCAAGGCAGCCCUGUAUGACAAUCACCUGGGCAAGUCCAGCAACUUCCUGAAGCCCAAGGGGGGCAAGGGCAAGGGGCCCGAGGCCCACUUCGAGCUCGUUCACUACGCAGGCACCGUGGGAUAUAACAUCACAGGCUGGCUGGAGAAGAACAAAGACCCCCUGAAUGAAACAGUGGUGGGCUUGUUCCAGAAAUCGACUGUGGCAAUCCUGGCCCUUCUCUUCAAAGAAGAGGAGGCUGCAGCCGGAAGCAAGAAGCAGAAGAGAGGCUCCUCCUUCAUGACAGUCUCCAACUUCUACAGGGAGCAGCUGAACAAGCUGAUGACCACCCUCCAUAGCACCGCACCCCAUUUUGUCCGCUGUAUUGUCCCCAAUGAGUUUAAGCAAUCGGGUGUGGUGGAUGCCCACCUGAUCAUGCACCAGCUAGCUUGCAAUGGUGUCCUGGAAGGCAUCCGAAUCUGCAGGAAGGGCUUCCCAAACAGGCUGCAGUACCCGGAGUUCAAACAGAGGUACCAAGUGCUGAACCCCAACGUGAUUCCCCAGGGGUUCGUGGACAACAAAAAGGCCUCAGAGCUGCUUCUUGCAGCCAUUGACCUGGAUGCAAACGAAUACAAAAUUGGACACACCAAGGUAGGGUCUGGGAAGCCAGGUCCUAACACCUUCAUUGUAACCCAUUCAACCCUGGAUUCUUUUCACAGAAUGGGCCUGAAAGUCAUUCAGCGGAAUGUGCGCAAGUUCCUGCAGCUCCGUUUCUGGGGCUGGUGGAAGCUGUAUAACAAGGUCAAGCCGCUCCUGAAUGUGGCUCGGCAAGAGGAGGAGAUGAAGGCCAAGGAGGAGGAGCUCAGGCAAGCCAUGGCCAAGACCCAGGAUCUGGUAAACAAGGUCAAGGAACUGGAGGAGAAGACAGCCACGCUCAGCCAGGAGAAGAAUGACCUCACCAUUCAGCUGCAGGCUGAGCAAGAGAACCUGAUGGAUGCAGAGGAGCGCCUGACACAGAUGAUGAAGACCAAGAUGGAUCUGGAGAGCCAGAUCUCAGACAUGCAGGAGCGGCUGGAGGAGGAAGAGGGCACAGCGGCCUCGCUGAGUGCUGCCAAGCGCAAGCUGGAGGGGGAGCUGAGUGACCUGAAGCGGGACCUGGAGGGCCUGGAAACCACACUGGCCAAGACAGAGAAGGAGAAGCAGGCCUUGGAUCACAAGGUCCGUACCCUGACCGGGGACCUCUCGCUCCGUGAAGACUCCAUUGCCAAGCUCCAGAAGGAGAAGAGGGCCCUGGAGGAGCUGUACCAGAAAACCCUGGAUGACCUACAGGCUGAGGAGGACAAGGUGAACCACCUGACCAAGAAUAACAGCAAGCUGAGCACGCAGAUCCACGAGCUGGAGGAUAACUGGGAGCAGGAAAAGAAAAUCCGGGCGGAGGUGGAAAAGGCUCGUCGCAAAGCUGAGAGUGACCUGAAGAUGACCAUUGACAACCUCAAUGAGAUGGAGCGUUCCAAGCUGGAUCUCGAGGAGGUGGUGAAAAAGAGGGAUUUGGAAAUAAACUCUGUCAACUCGAAAUAUGAGGAUGAGCAGUCUCUGAAUUCCACGCUGCAGAGGAAACUGAAGGAGCACCAGGCCCGAAUUGAAGAGCUGGAGGAAGAAUUAGAAGCUGAGAGGGCCAUGAGAGCCAAGGUGGAGAAACAACGCAGUGACCUGUCCCGGGAUCUCGAAGACCUCAGUGACAGGCUGGAGGAAGCAGGUGGAGCCACAUCGGCUCAGAUCGAGCAGAACCGCAAGCGGGAGGCUGAGCUGCUGAAGCUGCGGCGGGAGCUGGAAGAGGCCGCCCUGCAGAGUGAGGCGACGGCCUCCACACUGCGCAAGAAGCACAUGGACUCCAUGGCCGAGCUGACAGAGCAUGUGGAGAGCCUGCAGAGGGUCAAGUCCAAGUUGGAGAAGGAUAAACAGGUCAUGAAGGCCGAGAUUGACGACCUCAGUGCCAGUGUGGAGACGAUACAGAAGUCCAAGAUGAAUGCCGAGGCCCACGUCAGAAAGCUGGAAGACAGCUUAUCAGAAGCCAAUGCGAAGGUGGCAGAGCUAGAGCGAAACCAGGCAGAAAUCAAUGCCAUCAGGACCCGCCUCCAAGCUGAAAAUAGUGAACUGAGCAGGGAAUAUGAGGAGUCCCAGAGCCGGCUCAAUCAAAUCCUACGGAUAAAGACAUCUCUGACGUCACAAGUGGAUGAUUACAAGAGGCAGCUGGAUGAAGAGUCAAAGUCUCGCAGCACCGCCGUGGUGAGCCUGGCCAACACCAAACACGACCUGGACCUAGUAAAGGAGCAGCUGGAGGAGGAGCAGGGAGGCAAGUCGGAGCUGCAGCGCCUUGUAUCCAAACUCAACACCGAGGUCACCACCUGGAGGACCAAAUACGAGACCGAUGCCAUCCAGAGGACAGAGGAGCUGGAGGAGACCAAGAGGAAGCUGGCCGCCAGGCUUCAGGAGGCAGAAGAAGCAGCUGAAACCGCCCAGGCCCGGGCCGCCUCCCUCGAGAAAAAUAAACAGAGACUCCAGGCAGAAGUUGAGGACCUCACCAUCGACUUGGAGAAGGCCAAUGCGGCAGCCGCUGCCCUGGACAAGAAGCAGAGGCUCUUUGACAAGAUGCUGGCUGAGUGGCAGCAGAAGUGUGAGGAGCUGCAGGUGGAACUGGAUAACUCACAGAAGGAGUGCCGCAUGUACAUGACGGAGAGCUUCAAGAUCAAGACUGCCUACGAGGAGUCUCUGGAGCAUCUAGAGUCCGUGAAGAAGGAGAAUAAGACCCUGCAGGAGGAGAUAAAGGAUCUCAUUGAUCAGCUGGGUGAGGGAGGAAGGAGUGUGCAUGAGCUGCAGAAGUUGAAGAAAAAACUGGAGAUGGAAAAGGAAGAACUCCAGGUGGCCCUGGAAGAAGCUGAGUCUUCCCUGGAGGUUGAAGAGAGCAAAGUGAUUCGAAUUCAAUUGGAACUGGCUCAGGUUAAAGCUGACAUCGACCGGAGAAUCCAUGAGAAAGAAGAAGAAUUUGAGGCUACCAGGAAGAACCACCAGCGGGCAAUCGAGUCCUUGCAGGCCAGCCUGGAGGCAGAGGCCAAGGGCCGGGCAGAGGCACUUCGGCUCAAGAAGAAGAUGGAGACGGACCUCAAUGAGAUGGAAAUCCAGCUGGACCAUGCCAACAAGAACAACAGCGAACUUGUAAAGACACUGAAAAGGCUGCAACAGCAAAUCAAGGACUUGCAGGUCCAGAUGGACGAGGAUGCCAGGCAGCAUGAGGAGCUGCGGGAGCAGUACAACCUGCAGGAGCGGCGCCUGAGCCUGCUGCAGACGGAGCUGGAGGAGGUGCGUUCUGCCCUGGAGGGCAGCGAGCGUUCACGCAAGCUGCUGGAGCAGGAAAUGGUGGAGAUCACCGAACGGCACAACGAGAUCAACAUCCAGAACCAGAGCCUCCUCGUGGUCAAACGCAAGCUGGAGUCAGAUGUCCAACGCAUCUCCAACGAGCACGAGGAGCUCAUCAGUGAGUUCCGCUCGGCCGACGAGAAGGCCAAGAAGGCCAUGACGGACGCCACCCGCAUGGCAGAAGAACUCCGGCAAGAGCAGGACCACUGCAUGCACCUGGAGAAGAUCAAGAAGAACUACGAGGUCACCAUCAAAGACCUGCAGGCCAAGAUGGAGGAGGCCGAGCAGCUGGCUCUGAAAGGCGGGAAGCGCACAAUCAUGAAGCUGGAGGCCAGGAUCAAGGAACUAGAGACAGAGCUGGACGGGGAACAGAAACAGCACGCGGAGACGGUCAAGACGCUGCGUAAGAACGAGCGUCGCCUCAAAGAGCUGAUCUUCCAGACAGAGGAGGACAACAAGACCAACCAGCGCAUGCAGGAGCUGGUGGAGAAGCUACAGAACAAGCUGAAGAUCUACAAGAGGCAGAUCGAGGAGGCGGAGGACCAGGCCAACCAGACCCUGGCUCGAUACAGGAAGACAGUGCACGAGCUGGAUGACGCUGAGGAGCGAGCGGGCAUGGCAGAGACCGCCCUAAACAAGCUGCGCACCAGACACCGCGUGGCCGGCAAGGGCAUCACCUCUGUGGAGAUCAUCCAGGUGUCUAAGACAGGCACCUCGAAAACCCUUUCUGAGGAGUGAGGCCCUCCGUGUCCUAGGCCACAACUGGUAAUACAGAUCUCAACUGCGGUUCAUUGAGAGGGAGAAAAUACGAAAAUGGAAAACUGGAUCUGUCCUGAGAAUGUUUACUAUGCAAAAGAAAGUGCAAGCCAGGAAGAGACAGGAGGUGAAGAAUAAAGAGUGCUAUGGUGGAGAAUGAAUUUGGGAACGUAAAUACCAGGCAUUAGAAAAAUGAAAAUGAGCGGGGCUUCUCUGGGACGGCAGUAAGCAUUUGGAUGACAGAAACGAUGGGUCUGUUUCAGUUGAGUUCCUACAUGUUCAUGUCAAGGACGGAAUAUGUAAUGUCUGUGACCCAGCUGUUCUCUACAAAGAAUUCCUCAUGUUGACAAUGUUAAUGUCCCAAUAUAGCUUAAAUAAAAGAAACAUUA